GCCCCACCUCACUCCCCUAGUUCCAACCAUAUAGCUAUAAGUACCCUUGAUUGAGAACGGAGCGCAGAGUAACUACCGCGUGCUUACAAAUCUUGGCAAACGUGUUAACGGCUUUCGAGAAGCAAACGUGAUAUAAAAAAUGGCAGAAUCCACAGAUAACCUCGAUAAAAAAGAAGAAAAUGUCGAAGCCGGCGUAGAGGUUAAAGAGGACUCGGCAGAAGUGGAGACUCCGGAAAACAAUGUAACGGAAGAAGCAACCGAGGCCACGGAAACGCCAAGUAAAGCUCCCGCGAGCGAGGAACCCUCGGAUCAAAUGCUCACCAAAAUUCGUAAACAAGUCGAGUUUUACUUUGGAGAUGUGAACAUGCAUCGAGACAAAUUUCUCAUUGAACAAACUAAAUUAGACGAUGGCUGGGUACCUAUGUCGGUUAUGUUGAACUUUAAGAUGCUUGCCUCUAUGAGUAAGGAUCCCCAAGUUAUUUUGAAAGCCUUGGAAGAUAGCGAUCUGAUUGAGAUAUCAAACGACAGGAAAAAAAUCCGUAGAUCACUAGAUAAACCCUUGCCAACGUACGAUGAAAAUUAUAGAAAAGACCAGGAAGCAAGAACAAUUUACUUGAAAGGAUUUCCCGCUGACGCGAAAAUUAGCAUGUUCCAAGAAUAUUUUGAAAGCACAAAUGCUGUUGAAAAUAUAAUUAUGAGAAAGUACAAAAAAGGAAAAGAGUAUUUUUUCAAAGGAUCUAUUUUAGUAUUAUUCAAAACUGUGGAAGAUGCCAAAACUUUCAUGAGUCAAGAAUCUAUCAAAUAUAAAGACACAGAAUUAAUUAAAAUGUGGCUCAAAGAUUACAUAGAGUCCAAAGGAAAAGAAAAGGAAGAAAAACGACAGAAAAAGAGUGAAAAUCCUAAGGGAUCAAAAAAUCACAAAAAGAAUACUCAAAAUGUUUUUCCUAAAGGUUGUAUAUUGCACAUAUCUAAUAUAGAAAAGGGAAUCAAAAGAGAAAAUAUUAAGGAAAAAUUCACCGAGUUGGAUUGUAAAGUGGCAUUUGUUGAUUUUAAUAUUUCAAGUACUGAAGGAUAUGUUCGUUUGGAUGGAGAAAACGCAGCAGUGAAUUUUUUGAAACAACUAGAUUCAAAUAUUAUAAAAAUAAGUGAAUCUGACGUCACUUGUACUUUAUUAGAAGGAGAAAAAGAAGAUGCCUAUUGGAACAAAAUAAAAGUAAUAAAGAAUCAUAACAAAUCUAACUGGCGUGACAAAGGUCGUCAUGGAAGAAAAGGUAUGAAGCGCCGCCAUAGUCCACACAGAAACGAAAACGCCAAGAAAGCUAAUUCUGAUGACUAG